CAAGUCAAAGGACAGCACUUGAGCAGUUGAGCAGAAAGUCAAUUGAAUUGGGACUUUCCGGCACCGGCACUGUUCGCAGUGCUGAACAUGUUUGUACACGUUAAACGCGCAGCUGUGCGACGUGUCACCACUUAUGCUGUGCAAAGCGCUGGAUUAUUUGUAUGAGUGUCCGCUUCAGAAACAUAUACUGCAUCGGUCCGUCGUCUGAGUUGUCUUUAACCUGGAACUCGCCCUGGAAUGUCCAUCCACGAACAAAUGCCCACCUUGCAGACCCCUCCGCACGCGAGCAAGUUGUCCGAGGAUGUGGAUAUUACGCUUCGCUCACUUGAUGGUAGUCUGUUCCGUUGCUCCCGGGCUCGACUCAUCGAAGGUAGCAACGUCUUCAAAGACAUGUUUGAAUCCCUUCCCGAAGAGAAGGAGUCCAUAAUAGACAUGGCAGAACCAACAGAAACUCUAGGGACACUGGUUCGCAUUAUCUAUGAACCACCGGAGGAAUUGCCCCCGCCCGUUGCGAGGCCCAAGUUCAAACCAGGCGAACCCGAUGUCCUGCCACCGGAAGAGCCUUCCCCGUCAUUAAUUCCUCUCGAUGAAAUAAGAAAUUACCUUUAUCAUCUAGCGAACAAGUAUCAGCUCACAGAUGCGUUUAUCAAACCGCUCCACUCUCACUUGUUGGCACAUGCUCGAACGUCGCCCCUUCAUGUUUACUCCCUUGCGUCCUUCCUCGGAUUGGAGGACAUUUCAUCAAACGCUUCUCAGUUCCUCCUCACUCCUCCCGUUUUGACAUAUUCUGUGGAGAAGGCUCGCAUCAUCACAACAGUUGAGGCGUUCCAUAAUCUUCUUCGACUCCAAACAUUCCGCGAGAAUGCUCUUCGUCAGAUACUCCGCGAAGAGCAGGUCUUCCCUCAUGACUACUUGAUCUGUCGGCAUCACGGAACAGCAACUCGAGUUCUUUGGGAUUACCGUCGACAGAAUGUGUUGGAUAGGUUGGAUGCGGGCACCGAUGUGGCUGAGGAAAUGAAAUCAUGCCUUGAAGCUGUGGCAAAUUGUCCUGAUUGUAAGCGAGGUGUUAACAGUGUGGUUGAGAUGGUCAGGUACAAGUGCUAUCGAGUGCCCCGAAGGAUCUGUGAUUUGCCAGUGCCAGAAGAGGCUGACAUAACGGCCCAGUCAGCCGCAUGAUGUACCAUUCCUCUUGUUCAGCCUUUUGUUUUUGGUUUUUUGACCUUUCUCGAUUCGUCCUCUCCUUUCACUCUUUUUCCAUCUGGUGAUGGAGCUGGCAUCAGACGUCCUGCUCCGUGCUCAUCCCGUAACCACUGCUCGCAAGCGGCCUUAUCCCUGUCUGGAUGUUCCAAUUGCCAUUCAGUAACGCUGUUCAAGAUGUGGCCGGUGUGUGGACCUGGUUUUAACCCGAGUGCGGCACAUACUUCACGCC